AAGUCACUGUGACAAUAAACGUAGCAAUUUUGCUUAGUGAAACUUUCACUUGCACUCAGGAGCAUUGAACUGUAAAUAGUGAAAGAAUUGUUACACUUUUUUUGCAACGUGCACGAAAUUAGUGAUUGUCAGUACCUUUUUAGGUGUACAAAUGAAUAAUGGAAAAAUAUCCCUUGAAAAAGGCCGGCACGGCAGUACCCCAGCAUUCACCAAGCUAUCAAUCUGUUGAUAAGAAGUACACGAACGGCAACAGAGCCACUUUCGUCGCAACGCCGGAUGAAGAUAUGAUUGACAUCACAACUUCAGGAGGCGGAGAGAGGACGACGAGAUUGGGCGAAGAUGAGGAUGGCACGUCACAUUAUUCAGUAUCUUUCGGAGGCAUGCAAGAAAACGUCGAUAUUCCUGGUAUCGGCCAAUAUGACGAUUUCCACACUAUCGAUUGGCAACGGGACAUCGCCAGAGACCGGAUGCGACACCGGCACAUCAUCAAAAAGAAACAGGAUUCCCUAUGGAACUUGAUAGAGGGAGCACAUGACGCGUGGUCGGGAUGGCUAUGUGUCCUGUUGGUUGGAUUGUGCACUGGUAUGGUAGCCGGUGGUAUCGAUAUAGGCGCUAGUUGGAUGACAGAUCUCAAAUUUGGUAUUUGUCCACAAGCUUUCUGGUUGAAUAGGGAGCAGUGCUGUUGGUCGUCGAACGAAACCAGUUUCGACUCGGGAAACUGCUCCCAGUGGUUGACAUGGCCUGAGAUGCUCGGACAGUCCCGAGAAGGAGCUGGAGCUUACAUAAUUUCCUACUUAUUUUACAUAGUGUUGGCCCUUUUAUUUGCCGCAUUGUCAGCCUCUUUGGUUCGUAUGUUUGCGCCCUACGCUUGUGGAUCUGGUAUUCCAGAGAUUAAAACAAUACUGAGCGGAUUCAUUAUCCGAGGGUAUUUAGGAAAAUGGACGCUCAUCAUCAAAUGCGUGGGCUUAAUCCUGUCUGUUUCGGCAGGUCUCAGUUUAGGGAAAGAGGGACCCAUGGUCCAUAUAGCUUGUGCAAUAGGUAAUAUUUUAUCAUAUCUCUUUCCCAAGUAUGGGAGAAAUGAAGCCAAGAAAAGAGAAAUUUUGUCGGCCUCGGCGGCGGCGGGCGUUUCUGUAGCCUUUGGGGCGCCGAUCGGAGGCGUACUUUUCAGUUUAGAGGAGGUCAGCUAUUAUUUCCCGCUGAAAACCUUAUGGAGAUCUUUCUUCUGCGCUCUGAUCGCCGCAUUUAUUUUAAGAUCGAUUAAUCCGUUCGGAAACGAGCACUCGGUCCUCUUCUACGUGGAAUACAAUAAGCCGUGGAUUUUCUUCGAGUUGAUACCCUUCAUAGGGUUGGGGAUUAUCGGGGGUAUAAUCGCAACGAUAUUCAUCAAGGCCAACCUCUACUGGUGUCGGUACAGGAAGUAUUCGAAAUUGGGUCAAUAUCCUGUGACGGAAGUUCUUGUGGUGACCGUGCUGACCGCCAUCAUCGCCUACCCCAACCCCUACACUCGAAUGAACACGAGUCAGUUGAUUUAUUUGCUGUUCAGUCAAUGUGGAAUCUCGAAUUCGGAUGAUUUGUGCGACUACAACCGCAACUUCACCAACGUUAACUCCGCCAUCGAAAUCGCCGCCGCCGGUCCCGGCGUCCACAAGGCCAUAUGGCUCCUCAUCCUGGCGCUCAUCCUCAAGCUGAUCAUGACCAUCUUCACCUUCGGCAUGAAGGUCCCGUGCGGCCUCUUCAUCCCCAGCCUCUGCCUCGGCGCCAUCGUCGGCCGCAUCGUCGGCAUCGGGAUGGAGCAGCUCGCCUACACCUACUCCAAGAACUGGCUGUUCAGCGGGGAGUGUUCGACAGGCGACGACUGCAUCACGCCCGGGCUGUACGCGAUGGUGGGGGCGGCGGCGGUGCUCGGGGGCGUCACCCGCAUGACAGUGUCCUUAGUGGUGAUCAUGUUCGAACUCACCGGGGGUGUGAGGUACAUUGUGCCGCUGAUGGCGGCCGCCAUGGCCAGCAAGUGGGUGGGGGACGCGCUGGGCAGACAGGGCAUCUACGACGCGCACAUUGCGCUCAACGGAUAUCCCUUCCUGGACUCCAAAGACGAGUUCCAGCAUACGUCCUUGGCGGCGGAUGUUAUGCAACCCAAACGAAACGAGACUCUGAGCGUCAUCACGCAGGAUUCAAUGUCCGUGGAUGACAUAGAGGCUCUCUUGAAGGAAACAGAGCACAAUGGAUAUCCUGUGGUGGUAUCCAGGGAAUCUCAAUAUUUAGUAGGGUUCGUGCUUAGAAGGGAUUUGAACUUGGCAAUAGCUAAUGCCAAGAGAAUGGCUGACGGGAUUUGCGGUCAGUCGAUAGUGCUUUUUACUAGUGGAAACCCACCACAAACUUUAGGACCACCACCUUUAAAACUGAAGAAAAUUUUAGACAUGGCACCAAUUACCAUCACCGAUCAGACUCCGAUGGAGACUGUUGUAGAUAUGUUUAGGAAAUUGGGGCUGAGGCAGACUCUAGUCACACACAACGGACGCUUACUCGGAGUCAUCACGAAAAAAGAUGUCUUGAGACACAUAAAACAAAUGGACAAUGAAGACCCUAAUUCAGUUCUAUUCAAUUGAAGAGCAAAGGAUAUGUUAAUAAUUUUAUUGUGUAUAUUAUGGUUUAUUAAUACUUGUGUAUAUUAGUAAUGUAUUGUUAGUCAAAUUAUUAUUUAUUAUGAACUUUUACUUCUGAUGUGACGUGACUUUAACGUAUACCCACUUGUCUUCCCUGCCGUAAUUUUUAUUAAACUUACAGCCUUGUUUCGUUACGAACGAUUUGAGAUUUAAGUAAUCAUAUUAGUUGUCAAUAAUGCUCAGAUAUAUAAUAAAAAUUUUGUAAGUA